AUGGCUCAAAUUCUGCCUACAGAGGAAAACUUCCUUCUGCUGUUCAGGAGAGACAACCCAGUAGAGUCUUCGGUAGAGUUUAUGAGGGUGUGGCGGCAGUUUGACAAAGACUGUAGUGGUUACAUAGAAGCUGAUGAAUUAAAGGCAUUUCUGCGCCACUUAUUAAAGGAAAAUAAAAAAGACAUAGAAGUCACAGAAGAGAAACUCAUAGAAUAUACAGGAACAAUGCUCCAGUUAUUUGACCAAAAUAAAGAUGGCAAACUCCAGCUUAGUGAAAUGGCAAAACUUCUUCCAGUUCGUGAAAACUUCCUUUGUAGACCUAUAUUUAAGAGAAUUCUUGAUAACCCUGAGGGUGCCAGGAUUACACGUAAAGACAUAGAUAGAGUGUUUGCCCUAUAUGAUGUAGAUAACAAUGGUACUAUUGAAAAUGAUGAACUAAAUGGGUUCCUCAAAGACCUUCUAUCCCUUGUCAAUCAGGACUAUGAUAAUGAUGAUAUAGACUUUAUGAAAAGUGCCAUUUUGGAUAAAUGGGACCUCAACCACGAUGGAAAAAUCAGUCGGGAUGAAUUGAGUAUGCUGCUCCUUCAGCAGGGCAGAAUGUCUUUGGGACUGGAAGAUGAAGAGAAUGAAUAAAUUAGCAUAUAUUUGCAUUAAUUUGUAUAAAUUUGCAUAUAUUAGCCAAAUUUUCAUAAAUUACCAUACAUUUCACUUAUUAAAGUUGCAUACUUAUAUUGUAUCACACUUGGUUCUUUUUUUCAUUCUUAACUAAAUAAAAUGUAAAGAUUCUUUUGAAAUAGCAAAUUUUCAUUGGAUGCAUUGCAGUUUUGCAACCAAUUUAGAAUUCUAAAGCAAGAAUGCUUAUGCAAGAAGGCUAUUUCAAAAUAAUUUCUUAUAAACUUAAAAAACAAGAAUGCCAUUAUUAUGGAUAAAGUAUACAUAAAAUUGUAAUGAACUCAAACCAUAGGAUAAGUUUAAUAUAUCAGUUAUAUUAUUUGUUACAACUUUGACUGUUACAGUUAAUCAGACAAAAUGAGUGGAAGGGGAUGAUGCGAUUUUAUAACAUU